AAAAGGGCAUAUUAUUGCCAACAAGAUUUGGUCACGCUGGACAUCAGCGCUCUUUAGAUUAGCAGAAUUUGCCAGCAAUAACAAUGAGAAACACUGGAAAAUUACAGGGUAAAACGCUGUUCAUUACGGGCGCAUCUCGUGGCAUUGGCAAGGCGAUUGCUUUGAAAGCAGCGCGCGAUGGCGCAAAUAUUGUUAUUGCCGCCAAAACAGCUGAGCCACAUCCAAAAUUACCUGGCACUAUCUACACGGCCGCAGAGGAAAUCGAAAGGGCAGGUGGCAAAGCUUUGCCCUGUAUUGUUGACGUCCGCGACGAGAAACAGGUCCAACAGGCUGUGGAAGCAGCUGUUGCCAAAUUCGGAGGCAUAGAUAUUGUGAUAAACAAUGCGAGCGCCAUUUCCAUUACUCCAACGCUGGAGACGGACAUGAAGCGUUAUGAUCUGAUGCAAAACAUAAACACAAGGGGCACGUUCCUCGUUUCGAAAACUUGUUUACCUUAUCUGCUGAAAAGCGAUAAUCCGCACAUCCUGAAUUUAUCGCCCCCACUGAACAUGAAGCCCCAUUGGUUCUCUAAUCACACCGCCUACACCAUUGCCAAAUAUGGCAUGUCUAUGUGUGUGCUGGGCAUGUCCGAGGAGUUCCGGGAUCGGGGCGUGGCCGUCAACGCUCUGUGGCCACGGACAACUGUUAAUACGGCGGCUGUGGAAAUGUUGCAGGGCUCGGAGGGUGCGUUGUAUGCUCGCAAGCCGGAGGUUAUGGCAGAUGCAGCAUAUGCCAUAGUUUGUCGCGACGCCAAGGAAUACACGGGCAAUUUCUUUAUUGACGAUGAGGUUUUAUUGGAUGUGGGUGUUAAAGAUUUUAGCAAGUAUGCGUGCCACCCCGAAAACAUGCACAAAUUGCAAUUGGAUGUCUUUUUAGACGAUGAAGGUCCAUUUGCAAAGUUGUGAUUGUAAAUGGUUACCGUAAUACUGUUAUGUUGAGCGAAAUGCCUAAUAAUUAAAAAAUCAGUGAACAUUUAA